AUGUUUGCAAAAAUAGACAAACUAAUAGCUGAUUCAAUCGGUAAACGUUUUAAGGAGGAUUUUGAAAGCUUACGUAAAGAUAUGAAAUUAAUUUCUGAGCUGACUAAAUCAGUAGAAUUUAUGUCUUCCAAGUUUGAUGAGAUUAACAAAGAACUUUCAGAACUCCGGUCUGAAACAAUUGGACUGCGAGCUGAAAAUGCACAUCUUCGUGAAAAUGUCAUCGAGCUUAACACUAAAAUGUCUCUAAUGGAACAACGUGCACGAGAAAGCAAUAUUGAAGUACAUUGUAUCCCUGAACAUUCGAAUGAGAACUUGGUUAAUUCAAUACUACAGCUCACUAAAGUGGUCGGGUGUCCUAUUGAAGAGAGAGAGAUAUUAGCCUGUUCAAGGGUAUCAAGAAUCAACACAAAGUCUACUAGACCUAGAUCAACUAUUGUAAAACUAGCCUCACCAAGGGCUCGAGAUAGUGUGCUUGCUGCUUAUUACAAGUACAACAAACUUAAUCCAUCUAAUAAGUUAAGUAGUUCUGAUCUGGGUAUUGGGGGUGACAAACAACCAAUUUAUCUUAUGGAGCACCUGUCACCGAACAACCGUGCACUGCACGCCCAAGCUCGCAUAUUUAAAAAUGACAACCAGUACAAAUACGUUUGGGUUCGUAAUGGACGAGUAAUGUUAAGGAAAGACGAUUCGUCUGCAGCGGUGUGGGUAAAAAAUACCGAAACUCUGAAAAACUUAAUUAAUAAGUAG